AUGAAAUCUUUCCAGAUCACCAUCUCUUCCCUGUUGACGUGCCUCAUUCUGGGGGUCAACGCUUCUCCGGCCGCAGAAGGAGCUGGAUUGGCGAAACGUGAGGACACAAGCUUUGGCUGUCCCUACGUCUCCGAGGCUUGCAACGCCAUCUGUAUGAGUCAAGUAGACGCCAACGGCGAUGUUGCAUACAAGGGAGAAUGUCACCCUACCUUCUGGGGCGCCUUUAAUUGCGUAUGCCUCUACACCACCGUUGACGACGACGGCACUCCUGUCCUAGGGGCCGCGACCAGGACCGUCAUUGCACGUCCUCCC